CAUGUGGUCGGGAGGCAUCCUGACUUACACGGAGAUUGUUUUUCCUAGAUAUGUCAGCUUACAAAGGACAUCUCUCUCCUCUAAAGAACUUAACCCCCCAAAAUGUCCUUUCCCAGUAGCUCUCCUGCGGCCAACACGUUUUUAGUGGACUCUUUAAUUGGUGCUUGCAGGUCGGACAGCUUUUACUCCAGCAGCAACAUGUACAUGCCGUCUGGCUCAGAAAUGGGAACUUACGGAAUGCAAACCUGUGGACUCCUGCCGUCUUUCGGCAAAAGAGGGGAGGUCAACCACCAAAAUAUGGGCAUGAAUGUCCACUCGUACAUACCUCAAAUAGAUAACUGGACUGAUCCGAAUAGACCCUGCAGAAUAGAGCCGUCCAGUCAGAUGUCAAACUGCACAUUUUCACAGAGCAUAAAGGAAGAGAGUAACUGCUGCAUGUACUCCGAUAAGAGAGUACAAAAAGUCAGCUCGUCAGAAGUCCCCGCUUAUUCUAACGUUAUUCCAGAGUCCUGUCCUGUCGAUGGUCCCGAGAUCCCGGUCCCGGGCUAUUUCAGACUGAGCCAAACUUAUGCGAAUGGGAAACAGCAGGAAAACUACUGCCAUGAGCCGCCGAGUCCAAACCCAACACUGAUGCAGCUCAGCCGGGUCACCCCGAAACCGCAGUCGUCCUCGGCGCCUGCAAAUUUUGAAAAGAAAAGUGAAGACGUCUCGCAAAACCCCGACACACCACCGGCCCCCGCAGAAAGCCCGGAGCCCAAGUCCAGCUCCGGGGAGAAAAACAGCUCCAUGGAAGCCUCUGUGUCCAGUCCUGAGCUGCUACACAAGGAAGGGAAAGACUGCAAGAGCGACACGCCGACGAGCAACUGGUUAACUGCAAAAAGUGGGAGAAAGAAAAGAUGUCCUUACACAAAGCACCAGACCUUGGAGUUGGAAAAGGAGUUUCUCUUCAAUAUGUAUCUGACCCGAGAGCGCCGCCUAGAGAUCAGCAGGAGCGUCAACCUGACCGACAGGCAGGUCAAGAUCUGGUUUCAGAACCGCAGGAUGAAACUGAAGAAAAUGAACAGAGAAAACCGCAUCCGUGAACUCACCUCAAAUCUCACCUUUUCGUGAGCGCGUGCAUGUCUGUGGUUAUCUGUCUUUUUAUUU